GAAAAUAUAAAUAAUUAAAAAUUUUAUAUUUUGGAUAAAUUGUUUUUUUUAAUUGGUAAAAUUUAUUUUGUGUUGUUACCAUUUGUUGUGUUGAUCUGAUAAUCAUUUUAUAUUAUGCCAGGCCAAUGGUGAAAUCUUAUUUAAGAUACGUCAAAGAGGAUUCCUUCGGCAUAUUUUCAUCACCAUACUGCAGAUCCAUAGAAUUUUUUGGACCAGAUCAUAUUCUAACCAGCACAAUUGAUUAUGUAUAUUUGUACAACUAUAAAUUAAAUGAAGUGAAAACAAAGUUCUUGCCCAAGCCGGACAAUAAUUACAAUAUUUUUACUGUUACCACCUUCCAGUUGGUUAAACACCACCCUAGUACUAAUGGCUAUUCUAACAGUUUAGAUGAUAUAUCAAGCUUUAACCGAAUCUCAGAUGAUAUAAACUAUGUAUUCGUCGGAUAUUACGAUGGUUUAAUCAGAAGAUUUUGUGUAAACAGUAAAGUAAAUGAUGGAAACACAGUUAACGAUGAUCAUAUCUUGAUCGGACACAAGUCAAGAAUUACAGUUUUAACUGAUAACGGGAAUCUUUUAUUCUCGGGUAGUAACGAUGACAAUGUGUUUGUAUGGGAUGUAUAUAACUGUCAGUUACUGUACAAGCUUGUGGGACACACAAAUCCCAUUGCUAACGUAUUACCGGUAACUGAUGAUCAUGUGAUAACUACCUGCAACAAUGUAAUGAAAGUCUGGGACCUACCCAAUCAAUCACCAAUAAACACUACUAUUGAGCCUUUAUUGUUGUACAACAACGCUAUAUAUUUCAACAAAUUGCUGUUUGCAAGCUUUACUAAUAAUAAUGUAAUAAAAUGUUAUAAACUGAACGAAGUGAAUGCAAUUGAGUUCCUUUUUAGUGUAAAAACUAAGUACACCAAUGAUAAGUGCGUUUCAGUGGAUUACAUGGAGUUUGGAGAAACUGUGUUGUUGUUAGUAGCAUUUCAAAAGUGCAUUUACCUCUACAAGCUGCUGAACAGCAAUGAAAUGGCACAAAAGAGAAAAAAGAGACUAAGACGACUAAAACAAAGUAUUAAAGCUAAAAUUCACAAACUGUUAAAAAUUUGGAAAAUGAUUAACCUUAACACCCCGGUGGAAGAAGGUAUCGAGUCAGAUGAUCUUUCCACGCUGAAAUCAAAGUAUAACCAUCUAAAAAAUUCAUUAUCAAGCAAUUUAAGUGGAGGUAAAGGAUUGCCAAAUGACGAUAAACAAGAACUUAAUAUGAACCCUGAAACUGAUAAUACAACAGAGAAAUCAGAAGAAGCUGGGGAUAGUACAAUAGCUGACGAGGAAUUUGAUGAGGAAGGAGUAGCAGAGGAAGAUUACUAUAAGUUAUUACACAUACAUAAUAUAAAUGAUACAAUAAAGAGCAUAAAGAUUAAUAAUAGGAAUAUAAUUACCCUAAAUAGGAAUAAUACUGUAUCAUUAAGUAGAGUGUCACUUGAGGAUGACGUUGUAACGGUCGAUUUAUUGUAUGAAAUGAACUUAUACCAUCUAAAUAACAUAAAGUUGGUCAGAUUAUCGCCGAAUAAUAAGAUACUGCUAACCUUAUCAAAUGAUAAGUUGAUUUUAUGGAAUAUCAAUACUAAUAAUAUCAUCAAAACACUGAACCUGACAAACUCUAAUAAUUCAAGUAAUUCGAGCUGUAUUAGACCAGCGAGUAGUGAAACUAGUACAUCUACUGACGGUGAUAUAGAUUUAUCAAAUGGCGCAGUUUUGGAAAAUUGCACAAUAAACAAUGUCAUUUUUAUCAACAAUGAGAAUUUAUUGGUAGUAACUAGUGAUAACAGACUGUAUAAGUUUAAUACAAACACAAUGGUCGCAAACAGCUUAAAUUUACAAAUGGGCGAGGAUUUCACCUCAAUGUUAGGGACUAAUAACUCAAUUAACAACGUAUAUAUACAUAACGAUGAGUUGGUCCUGAUAUAUAAGUAUAAUUUCAUAGUCAAGUAUAAAAAUGACUUCCACUACGUUAAUGUACAACACCAAAUCCACCACUCAGUUAUUGACGCAAUGUAUAAAUACAUGUACUUGAGUGUGGAUAAUAAUGUGAUAAUAUACUACUAUGAUAACAUGAGGAAGCACCUAAUGUUGUACGGCCACAGUUUGCUAGUAACUAGUUUGGAUGCUACAUCUGACGUUCAGAUGUUGGCCUCAGCGUCUUUGGAUAAGACUAUUAAGAUAUGGUCCAUAAAAUAUGGCAACAUCCUUAAAACCAUAACCAACGCCUCAAUUAUUACUCAAAUUAAGUUUAUCAACUUGACACAUUACCUGGUUUUCACCAAUGCGAACAUGGUGAUGAAAAUCUAUGACUGCGACAGGCACGUAAUGAUAACUGAAAUCAGCGACUUCAACCUUACGAUCAACAAUAUAGCUCUAACAGAUUACAACCAAUAUUUAUUCCUAACAAGUAAUAAUUCAAGCUGCAUUAUAAAGUACAAGCUGUCAGAUGACAUUAUAUAUGUCGAGGAGGAGACUGAGAAGAUAGAGAACAUGAAAACAUUUGGAAACUUAAACUAUAACCUGAACGUAACGGAAAACAUCAUCAACCUACUGGAUGAUGAAACAAUGGAGAAUGGAAUCACUCAGGAUAAUAUCACAAUUGGUGGGAUUACAUAUGAAGGAGUGGCGUAUAACACAAAUAUGAUCCUCUACAACGUCCUGAAUAACAUCAACCAUAACGUGAUAUAUAACAUAAUAAUCGCAUUGCCGAAUAAAUACACGCAAAAGUUGCUGGAAUUUAUCACUAAUUUACUGGAGCAUACCGACGCAGUGGACAGUUACAUCCUAAAUGCCGAAAUUCUCCUCUACGUUUCAGUCGUCAUAUUACAGAUUAAUGUCAAAUAUUAUUUAUUAAAUAAUAUCAAUGUUUAUAAACUGAAGAAAUUGGUGAAUACCAAAAUGAAUAGUUACCAGGAUUUAAUACUAUAUAACAAGAGCGGCCUCCAAUAUAUUAAAAACAUAAUCACAAAUAAUGAAAAAGAAAUCAAAAAACGACUAAUUUAAUUCAUUCACUCACACAGUAUAUAAC